GUCCUUCCCCACCGGGGUAUAUAAACCAGCCCCACGAACCGCGAUUCUCUUUCCGUCGCCGCGGCCGCCGCGGAGCUGAGCCCCCACCAUGCCGGUCGCCCGGAGCUGGGUGUGCAGGAAAACUUACGUGACCCCCCGGAGACCCUUCGAGAAGUCCCGGCUCGACCAGGAGCUGAAACUCAUCGGUGAGUCUGGGCUGCAGAACAAGCGG